CAAUAAAAAAUAUACACAAAAAAACAAUAGUCGGGCAAUUCAAUCACUUAUUUGCUAUAAUUCAUACGAAUUCCGUGCAAACGGUCAAGCGAGCGAAAGCGGAAACUCACGGCCAUAAACUAUCUUGAUUUGUUCGUAGUUCUCUGGCAGCAGGCGGGCUUUGGUGAAAGCAGGCUGCCGGUAGUAGUCGGGCGGGCCGGUGCAGAGAAGCGUGGUCCACCCUGUCUGUAACUGACUGACACAUUACCCGCCGGGGGAGAAAAAAAGUUAUUCUCAGUUCGCGGACACACUGCCAACAUGUCGGGCGACGACGACUCACAGGAGCAGACCAUCGCCGAUGACUUGGUGGUCACCAAGUACAAGAUGGGAGCUGAGAUUGCCAAUCAGGCUCUGAAGGUGGUGGUGGAGGCAGCUAAGUCUGGAGUCUCUGUGCUCAGCCUGUGUGAAAAGGGCGACAGCUUCAUCAUGACAGAGACUGGAAAAAUCUUUAAGAAGGAGAAGGAGAUGAAGAAAGGUAUCGCUUUUCCUACCUGUGUAUCAGUUAACAACUGUGUUUGCCAUUUCUCUCCUCUGAAGAGUGAUGCCGACAUCAUUCUAAAGGAUGGGGACCUCGUGAAGAUUGACCUGGGCGUUCAUGUGGAUGGCUUCAUCUCAAACGUGGCUCACAGCUUUGUUGUUGGUGUGACCAAGGAGAACCCACUAACAGGAAGGAAGGCUGACGUCAUUAAAGCGGCUCACCUCUGUGCUGAGGCCGCCAUACGCCUUGUCAAGCCAGGAAACCAGAACACACAAGUCACAGACGUCUGGAACAAGAUUGCAAAGUCAUUCAAGUGCUCUCCUAUUGAAGGUAUGCUGUCCCAUCAGCUCAAACAGCACGUCAUUGAUGGAGAGAAGACCAUCAUCCAAAACCCAACGGACCAGCAGAAAAAGGACCAUGAGAAGGCUGAGUUUGAGGUGCAUGAGGUCUACGCAGUGGAUGUGCUCAUUAGCUCUGGAGAAGGAAAGGCCAGAGACGGAGGUCAAAGAACAACCGUUUACAAACGAGACCCCAACAAGGUGUACGGUCUGAAGAUGAAGACAUCUCGAACGUUCCUCAGUGAGGUGGAUAGACGCUUCAAUACGAUGCCUUUCACUUUGAGAGCUUUUGAAGAUGAAGGCAAGGCCAGGUUGGGUUUAGUGGAGUGUGCCAAACACGAGCUGCUGCAGCCUUUCAAUGUGCUGCAUGAGAAAGAAGGUGAAUUUGUGGCCCAGUUCAAAUUCACUGUGAUGCUCAUGGCCAAUGGACCUCUGCGAAUCACCAACAGCCUCUUUGAGCCAGAACUGUACAAGUCUGAGCUGGAGGUCGAGGACCCAGAGCUGAAGGCUUUGCUCCAGAGUUCAACCAGCCGCAAGGCACAGAAGAAGAAGAAAAAGAAGGCUUCGAAGACUGUCGAGAGUGCAACUGGACAGGCAAUGGAGACUGAAACUGCAGAGUAGAUUCUCUCUGCAGGAAGUUCUGACAGACCUCUGAUGACCCAAAGAACAGACGUCACCAAUCCUCCUGUCCCAGCUGUCUGAGGCACUCGCUGGUGUAGCCGCUGUGAAUACCUCUGUAUCUAACUGAUGUCAGUCUGGGACGAAGCUGCUCUUAAAUUCUGUCACUCCAUCAAAUAAAAAAUCCCGUAAAUCUCACUGUCCUUGAGACAGCAUUUCCUCCCAACUGUAGACAAUGUUCUGCUGGAGGAGAGGAUAUUUGGUGCAAGGGCAUUUCUUUAUUGGAACCUAAUACAAAUAGACCGAACUUGAGUCUAACCCCAAUCCUCCCUCACCCCACCCCCCGCAAACACUGUAGUGAAAGUAGAUUAAAUGAUUAAAUGAGUUUGACAGAGCAGCUAAGGAUUAUGAAUGCAUCACUCUGAGUCAGCAUUUAGAUUACUUUCUCGAGGUCACAGGCAUGAAGCCUUUUGAAAUGAUUUAACAUGUCAUGGGCAGAAAUGUUACACUCACCCUGAACCCUCAUAUCCAGUGACAUUCACUCAAUUUAUAUUCAUGGUUAAGCAUUUCUUUUCAGUCCAGUAAAACUAGCACAUUUGUACUGCUUAUCCUUAAGCCUUCUAGUUAUGGUGUAUACUUCUAGGCAUCUGUUGUACUUAAAACAGCUAAUUUCUUAAUUAAAAAUGAUAAUGAAUUUAAUGUCCUGGGUAAUAUAACAAGUAAAGAAAAAUAUCUUCCUCAGUUGUGGAUGGUCUGUCUUCUGCCAAGGGUUCAGCAUUCAGUCUUCUGGUGCCACCACUGAGUCUGACAGUCUUUGUUUACACAAGAAUUCCAUACCUGUUAGAAUAUAUGGAUACUUUUGUAAAACAAGUCCCACUUUCAGAGACUAUUUUUGGAAACAUUAAAAAGCCACCUGACAUCA